AUGGACGCGAACAAGCAAUAUGGCGCACCGCCGCAGUACCCUCAGUCGCCGCCUCCGGUCCACCAAGAUGCUGGCCCAUACAAUCAGGGCGGCAUGCAGCCAUACCAGCAGGGCCCACCCAGCAACGACCACUACGGCAACUCGCCCAACCCCUACCAGCAAGGUGGCGGCUAUGGGCCACCUCAGGGCCAGUACGGACCUCCGGAAGGACAUUACGGACAGCCGCAACAGCAGAUGUAUUACCAGCAGGGCCCGCCGCCGCCCGGAGGCUAUUAUCAGGAUGACAGGAGACAAGGAGGGAGUGGAAGCGGUGGCCUCUUCGCUGGUCUCUGCGCCGGUCUAGCAUGCUGUUGCUGCUUGGACUGCUUGUUCUAA